AUGGACCAGGAGGAAUGGAGGAUCGUGCUGCUGGGGAGGACUGGUGUUGGGAAGAGUGCAACAGGAAACACCAUCCUGGGAAGAAAUGUAUUCAGAUCAGAACGAUCUUUAUAUACUGUAACAAAAAUCACUGAACGUGCAGAAGCAGAGAUAGAAGGAAACCGUGUACAUGUGGUUGAUACACCAGGAUUCUUUGACACAAAACUGCCACGAGAUCAGUUAGCGAAGCAGUUUGCCAAGAGUGUUUAUCUCUCACAACCAGGAGUUCAUGCUCUCAUUCUGGUUUUCAAAUAUGAUUCAUUUACAGAAUAUGAAGAGGAAAUGAUUAAGAGGUUACAGGAGGUUUAUGGUGAGCAGGUUACAGAUAACAUGAUCAUUUUGUUUACUCAUGCUGAGGGUGUCAGAGAGGAAGAAAUAGUUAGAAGUACAAAUGAACAUCUCAGAAGGGUGUUAGAUCAGUGUGGAGGAAGAUUUCACAUCUUUAAUAAUAAAGAAGCACAGAACAGACAGCAGGUCACUGAACUUCUGCAGAAGAUAGACAGCAUGGUGCAGUGGAAUGAAGGAGGAUUCUACACUAAUGAGAUGUAUAAGGGAGCGCAGGGCUUAAACUGGGAGGAAUUCAGGGAGAAAAACAAGAAAUUAAUUUUAUUUAGAACUACUCUUUUAGCUGCAGCUGUGCUGAUGCUAGUAACAACAGUUAUUAUGGGGGUGGUGAUGUUAGUGAUGAAGGGAGUAUUUAAGCGGUAA